GGGUUGUCUUCACCCGUCCACGUCGACCACCACCGUGCGCUCGAUGCGCUCUUCACAGCUAUCCUCGCCCUCGGCUAACUCGCUGGCGGACUAUACCCGUCGACUCCCUCUCGCACAUCUACCCAACCUCGACACUACCACCAACCAGGUUAUCUUAAUCACGCCCGCAACUUCCAUCCGACCUCGCAAGACCAAGAAGAAGCGACAGCCGGACAGGACAGAACGCAACAGCAAUUCGGAGGAGCCACGAUUCACCACCUCGGUCAAGCCUGCUGUCUUGCGGCGGGUGCCGGCAACGCCUACUAGUCCAGUCCGCGGUCGCAAGGCUGCACCAGCCACUCAAGCUCGUCGUGUGGCUGAUCCUUUGCUUGACGUCCUAGACACUGCCGUACCCGACUACCCUCCGCCAUCCUUCCAGGAAGCCAUUUCAUCUGCCCUCCCCUAUGAUCCUUCUUCCACAGCCGACGACGGCGCGUCGACCUCUAUUCUUUCCCCUGGAACGAGUGCGCCCUCCUCGCCUGCAACGUUUCCAGUCCACAGCAUGGAGCUAGUGACCCACGAGUUGUCAACUUUUGGCCAGGUGACUGCAGAACCUCCUCGUGUGCAGGAGGUGCCCUCUAUUUCUCGUGACUCGGCAGAAUCGGGAUCUGAUAUAUCAAGCAUCGAAAUGAUCAAUUUCGAACGUCCACAGCUGUGGGAAGCCGAUCGGAACCGUGGGCUCAAUCUGCAAGAAAGAGUGGCGCUCGAGUUGGUCAGGCAGCAGGCUGCCGAAUCGACGGCUGCCCUCACAACCUUCAGCUCGCCUCGUUCAUCGUCUCCAGCAUCGUCUCCACCUCCCACCCCCACCUCACGUGAACGUCACUGCUCUCAUUGUGGCUCCGUUCGCCCUCUAGAACAGCCCAACGUGCAAACACCUGAAGGCAAUGAUGACGAUAGAGGUAACUCGUGGAUACGUGGAGGUACUAAGGGUCGUCGUCAAGGGUCUAUGGCGGCACACUUGCGGGCCCUGCACGAUGCUUCAUCGGCACCAACAUCACCAUCUUCCGUCAGUCCGACAUCUAUGACGAGUUCUUCAAAUCCAUGGGCGAGCAAUCUUACGCUCACGCUCAGCAGCGUGUUCAUGUCACAUCGUCCCCCUGCUGAAACCUCCAAUCUCAAGAGAAAGGAAAGUUUCGGAGUACGCAGGUUAUUCUCGAAAGCGAAAGAGCCUGAGUGCUCUCCUGAGCAGCCAACCGCCGACGGGUUAGACUCGUGGGAGGUUAUAGACGUGACAUCGCCUACAUCCGCGGAAAGCCUCCCUGCAGAAGAUUGGAGUAUUAAGAAUGCUCGGUCGUCCGCGAGACAGAAGCCGUCCCAACAGCCUCUAGCAUUCAUCAGUCGGCCUCUGCGAAAACAGGGACGGGGCGCGGUCUCACCCUUCCCAGUUGCCUCUACACACGCCCCACCCACUCUUCCGCCUGAGAAGUCGCGCGGAGGUCCGCAUGCCCCGGCGCCAACGGCCAACCCACCUCAACCUCCAAGGUACGGUCUUCCGCCACAGGCCUCUGAGCGAGCUCCUGGCACAAUUCCGACGCUGUCAUCUGUGCGCAUCAUGCCUCUCGGUGUAAAUGACCAGAAUAUACAGUCGCCUAUAGGUCCUCCUUCCGUAUUACAUGCCCCAUUUAGCUCUGAAAAGCGCAUGUCGGAUCCUAUGUCGAGACAUGUCCCAGUCUCUCCCGCUCACCGUACCCCCCUGAAGAAGUCUAGUCUGCCUCUUUUAAAUACGAUGAAACCGAAAGCGUCAUCUCCGGUAUCUCCCGUGGACUUUCCUCCAUUACCAGGUCGUAAUGCACUUGGAGCUUCUGGCAUGCCAGAAUAUUCGACGUUGGCGAACGACUCUCCUGCUCACGAACGCGCGCCUGCUACCGUCUCACUUGAACCUACCGUCCAGUCGCAGCCUCCCACCCCGGCUACACCGAUGUCAGCAGGGCACUAUCCCGGGAGACCGCUCCCUCAGCCGCCCUCUUCACCUUUGAAUGAACUUCCACUGGUUACCCCUCAGUCUGUCAUACCCCGUAAGGCCGGCCUUCAUGUCGUGGAACCCCAUGCACCACAGUCCUCACAGAUAGCGGCGACUCAACGUCGUGAGCGAACUUAUUCCGAUGCGCUCAUGUCUCGAACCCGAUCGAAUGAACAGCCAGCAAACGGUCGGCCGCGCGAGGAACUGCUCGUCAUCUCUGAAACUGUCUACCCUGCUAUUCCUGAUCCAUUGAACGCUGAUGCCGCCGCGCCUCCCAAGAACCAUCCUUUCGUCGGCAAGGUGGAACUGCAACGGCGGCGCCCAUUAAAAGACGGGCGCUCCAACACCAAGCUCACCUUGCUCGGCGUGAUCGUGGACAAGUGCGGAAUCUGCAUCCGCGAGUUCAAGGAAGAAGACAUGGCGGCGCUAGGUCCCGUCUGCCAGCACUGUUUCCAUGAACGCUGCCUGCGGCGCUGGCUCGCCCUCAAUCGCACAUGCCCGCUCUGCCGCGUCGCCCUAUCUCUCGACGACAAUGCUUUCUCCCGAAUAUGAAUUUUCCUGGAUUUCCUUGUAGUUCGGCUGAUGGUGUUGUAGUUGUCGGAAGGUCAUUCAUGGACUAUGAAAUCUGACCUGUGUUACUUUGUGCCAAGGAAUCUGCUUCCGUCACGACCAUUUUUGUCUCUCAUAUAUCACCACCCUGUAGAAUACGUGCUGGGCCGGAAUUAGAUUCACCGUGGCGCUGCAAGACGUGCAUCAUGUGUGCUGAUCGC